AUGACAGAUCCUGCUCCAGAUGCUUACUUGAAGUUUAUUGGCACCGAAUCCUCUAAAAUUCGAAAGGAAAUUGUGGAACUCACGACCGAUCUACAAUCUAAAGGAUUUAUAAAAGCUAUAUUUGCUGUAGGUGCUGGCCUAACUGGGUAUUUUACAGGGGUUUCACGAUUGCAAAUUGGUAUGUUUGUAGCAGCUGGAAUAAGCGCACUAGCUGCAAAUAUGGAGUUUCAUAAUUGCUACGAACUGGGCCAACUUCUAGAUAUAUUGGAUGGAAGGGGUUAUACUUCUUAA